AUGGCAAAUAUUAAAGAAGAGGAAUUAAAAAAAUAUAUUCAAAUUUCAUUAAAUGAAUUUGAAACAGACGACUCUGAGCCGGUAGUCGAUUAUAUAUUUGGUAUUAUUUCAGAUGACAGUUCAUCAUUAGACGAAAAAAAAGAAUCAAUAAGCGAAUUCCUUUCAUCGAUGACUGAGAAAGACUCUACACAUUUUUGUGAUGAAUUAAUAAAAAGAUAUAAAGAAAUUAUGGAAGAUAAACAAGUCGAAGAGCAAAUUAAACUUACCAAUUUAAAAUUAGAACAAGAAUUAAAAAUUAAAGAAACCACACAAUCCGAAAUUGUUGAAGAGGAAGCUUAUGAAAAUCCAUAUUAUAAAUUAUCAAGAGAAGAACAAAAGAAAAGAGAUGCAUUAUUAUCAAAAUAUGGUUAUGAUGAAGAGGAUGUAGAUUCACAUGGUGAUAUUUUAUUAUCUGAUCAUGUUGAAAAGAAAAAGAUUGAGGAUCAAAAGAUGGAAUAUGGUUUAGGUGAAAAUUUAAAUGCUAAAAGAAUCGCAGACGAAGAAAAAGCAAAAAGAGAAAAAUCAAAAUUUGAACAUCAAAAAAAAGUAUUAAGAGAUAAAGAAUUACUCGAGAAACAAAGAAGAGAUGAAGAAAAGAAAAAAACAACUAAAAAAGAAAAAAGAAGAUUGUAA